UCGGUUGGUUGAUAUCUUGAUCCUGACUGGAUAUGAACACUGCAUGAACGGCUACCUGGCCUGUGUGCUGCACCAGUCUGUCUGUGGCACUGACACUGCGAAAGACUGUGGAGCAGUGGAGGCUUGAGAAAGCGAGAGAGAGAGAUGACGAUGAGUUUCUAGGUUGUGUAGGUCAACAGCACAUUGGUUUCGUGGGUAAAACAUCGGGAAACAGCUGAGCUGAAUCCUGUAGAUUUCGAGCCUGAUGUUCCCACUUCGUUGGUGUCAUUGGCAGAAGAUGUGCGUGCAUGCCUCAGUUGCAAAUCAAGCAAAGGCAUGUCAAACUGAUGAGUAUUAGGAUUUGGCCUGAUUCCUCUGACGAAAUUGGAAAGGAUGGACUCACGAAUAGCGCUUGCUGCCGAAAAGCUGUAUGAAGCUUUCUUGGAGGUGGAAGCUCCUCUGAAUGACCAAGAAACAGCGAAUAUUGUGACGACAUUUCCCGACGAAAGUGAAUGCGAUUCGGACACCAUCAAUCAGGCACCAUGGUUUUGUUACGCCUGCAAACCAGAAAGGGGAGCUGUGCAGCACUUCUCGUUUGUCCUGACGGGCAUCGAUGGAAAGUUCCGCUUUGGAUUCUGCCGCUAUCCACCAGAUUCGUCUCUAUGUCUGUGUUUUGUUAGCCUCCUUCCCUGGUUUGAAUUCUUCUACAACAUUUUAGACAAGGUUGCAGAAUUACGAUUGGAUGGCCAGGGUGAACUAGUAGUACCUCUGCUGAAGUCUCUUUACCAAAACCCCAUGCCAGCAGCUGGUGAGAGAUAUCUAGUCAUACCGGAUGGUCUCGAGUCUGGACAAGCGUUCUCGUUUCAAACCCCGGAUCCACAGAAGCUUUCAUCUAUACCAGAGUCUAUCAACUUGACAGAGUACAUCACAAACAUUGACCCAGUGUAUAUUCUCCAUCUGUUUGCUGCUAUGUUGUUUGAGCGUCGAAUCAUCAUCACAUCAAGCAAGCUUAGUUUAGUCAGUGCGUGUGUACACGGAGCUGCGUCUCUAUUAUACCCUCUCAACUGGCAACAUAUCUUCGUUCCGAUCAUGCCAACAAAGCUAAUCGACUAUUGCUGUGCGCCUAUGCCGUUCCUAGUUGGUGUGCACUCAUCUGUCAUGGCGAAAAUCAGAAAAAUGCCUCUCGACGAAGUGGUGGUGUUGGAUGCUGAUGCAAACACGCUAGAAAUCUACCACGACGAUCUCAGCCUCAUUCCUCCCGAUGUGAUCGGUCCUCUGAAGGAUACACUGAAGAAGCACACAUCAGCGCUGGAUGAGACUGUGGCCAAAGCUUUCCUCGACGCCUUCGUCUAUCUUAUCGGUGGAUAUCGAGAUGCGCUGAGAUUUCGAGAAGGCGAGCAGAUCAAGUUCGAUGCCAUGGCGUUUAUUGAUUCACGUCCCAAGCAGAUGCAGCCAUUCUUGCAGAAAGUCCUUCACCUCCAGCAGUUCCAGCAGUUCAUGAUGGAAAGGCUACACCGACUCAACCAAGGCCAGGGUCUGAGAGAUGUGUUUGAGAAUGCCAUCACAUCUUCAUCACAAGACUCAACAAAUUACCUGAACAAGUAUGCACUAUGGGUCAGGUCCAAGACAAAGAGGGGAUUCUCUGAAAUCUCGUCCAUGACGUCUACACAAGUCUUGCCAUCCAUGAAGACUGCCUUCUCUCAUAUUCACAGCCGUACCAAGAAGGGUGUCAAAGGCCUCAAGCAGCUAAUGAAUGAUGAGAAAUCUGGUGGCAAUCAACAGAUGACUGGGAUGUCAAUCAGUUCACCACAGCUGGAAUCCAAGAAAUCACUUAGUGUUAGUGAGCUACUCUCGUCUCUGCCUGCUGACAGUACUAUACGCAAGCAAGUGCAGAGUCAGAGACCCAAGAAGCCACCACCGGUAGUACGUCCGUACUCUGAGUACCGCGCUACCAAGACCCCAUCGGUGUCGAGCGGUGGCGAUGUGAUAGGUCGUGGGAACUUCUCCGCACCCACCGAUUCACCCCUCGACUCUGUGGAAGCAGUGAUGCUUGAGGACCUUGAUGAUCAGGUCAUGGAUGGCAGUGAUCAAGCUAGGCUGCAUGGCGGUAUCGAUGACACAGUGACGGCCAACAGGGCUGCUACGGCAGCUGAUGAUCAGAGUGACGACUCUCACGUCAGCAGUGACUCACCGGCUGUCGACGAUCUGCUCGGUCUUAGUGUUACCAUACCAUCGCGUUCUCAGGUCACUUGCCUGGCUAAGGAACUCUUUCUCAAUUUUGAUCCCGUUUCUGAGCCUUCACUUCUGGAACCAGCAACAUCGUCCUCAUCAGCAGCCACAGCACUGCCAGCAACGUCCGUGGUGCCUACCACCAGUGCCGGAAGCAGUAGCAGUGCAGCAGCUAGUAGCUCCGAGGCUGGUUCACCCUCGCCAGUAUCCUCGUUUGAUCCGUUCCACUCGCCGCGCCACGUAGCCGCUUCCUCCACCAGCGAUACGGCGGAUAGCAGCAGCAACACCAGCGGCACCAGCAGCAGCAAACCAUCAGCAGCAGGAUACAGUCGAACAUCUUCUGGCAAGCUGUUUGGUACUCACGUCACUGGUAUUCACAGCACAGCGUCCACGGCUAGCGUCAGCUCAACCGGCACCAGCUCCACCACCACCAACACUGGCGACGACGAGGACUGCUUGGAGGACUUCUCAUCGCUAGCACGGCAACGCGCCCAGUCCAUGAUUCCGCCAUCCACUUCCGUGUCCAAGGAUGCGCGUACCAAUUGGCGAGCAAAGCGCAAGUCGGCAGGAGGUACUAACGGUAGUUCGGAUUCCUCCGCCAGUAUGCGUUAUUCAUACGUGCCACCCAGCUCAUCCACUGCAGUCGUGGAGCCCAGUGAUGCGGCGGCUGAUGGACAUCGCCAGCACCCCCGCACCACCAACGUGUCGCGCGCACCAAUGUUCACGGCUACGUCGUCGCCGUCGCGCAGCCACGCGGAUCGAACAACGCAAGCUACUUCGGUGACGCCAUUCGACACGCUCACGCAAGCGCCCGAUUACCAGAAAGUGUGUAGAUCGUCGACAUCGUCAGCAACCUCGUCAACGUCGACGCCUGGUUACAUCCCUGGCAUGUCUACAGGUGCCAAUUCCACACUGCUAUCUCAAGCAGCAGUAUCAUCAUCAUCCAACUCUAGUGCCAAUCUAUAUGAGGUGUGCAGCACACAGCAACAGCUGCACAGGUCCAGUACAGUGAGUGCCAGUGACACUGAUCCGUUCACAGCGCUCGACGGCGGUAUUCGUCCCCGGCCAACAGUGGGCAGCAGGCCCCCGCCGCCGCCGGCAGAGAAACCCGGGCCACCGAUCAAGCCGUUCCGUCGCAGCGACCGCGGUUCUCCCGCGGUGUCACCGGUCUGCUCUCGCGCUGGUGCCCCGCUUGAAUCGCGUCCAGAGCUUGAGUUUGAUCCACUGCGAUUCUCGUAGCACCGCUGGUAUGCAGUGAUGAUGCUGCUGCUGGCCAUACAGCAGUCAAUGCCCAUCAUCAUCGCCAUCAUCAUGACUGUUGUUGAUAUGGUGCACGGUGUCCUACUCGGCAUAUUCACACACCGCUGGUGGCAUGUACCACUACUGACUGGUCUGGUGUGCGUGUGUGUUAUCACCAUCGCUGCUGCUGCUGUACACACACACGGGCGUAUGUGCACGCGCAUUGCCACUGCCUGCAGCUGUCGUACAUGAUAGUCGCAGGGCAGGCGGGCAGUGCAGAGCAGGACAGGCUGCAGCUCCAUUGCCCAGUCAGUGCACACUACACGUCAAGAAGUGAGUGUGCAUGUGUGUGAGUGCGUGUGUGAGUGAGUGUGCAUAUCUCCUAGACUGCACUUGUAGCUUGCUAUCGUCAUGCUACUUUGCCAGUAACAGUAGCAGUACGCAAGCCUGCUAGCUGGUAACAUGUAGAUUGAUUCUAGUAUCAUCAGUAUCAUCACCCUUGCCUCCCCCUCCCCCCCCCCCUGUUUUCUGUACAUAGUACCUACCCCACUACUGCUAUGAGUACCCUGGUGGCACUGAUGUUGCAAGGGUAUUUCCCUGCCACCUGCCCGUACUGUAUUAUUAUGUAUGUGUGAUAUGCCCUAUUCUCUCCCCCCUCCCCGCCCCUCCCCUAGAGUAUGUAUGGACAUGUUCACAGCAGUGAUUUUGUGAACUAUUUUUCUCAAUUUUUUUAGUAAGUCCCUUGCCAGUAUCUCUUCAAUGCGGCGCUGGGUGGGCGAAGACUGGGGGCAUCAACUGUCACACACAUUUAUUGCCAAUGAAUAGUCUUUUAAAUUAACCAAUGUGACACAUUGUCUGGCCAUAUUUGGAAUAUUUUUCUUCCUUUUUUUGUGCGUGGUAGCUUGGGUUGCUGGCUGGCCUCAAGCUAUCAGCACUGUUAGAGACUACCUGUACUCUGCACUGUUAGAGCGAACACAUGCUGUUGCUGUUGCUGCUGCUGCUGCUGCUGCCUCUCAUGGGUCACCAACUGUCUCUCUCCCCCCCCCCCUUCUUUUCUCUCUCUCUCUCUCUCUCUCUCUCUCUCUCUCUCACACACACACACACACACAUGCACACACACGCACACACACACGCGCACACACACACGCGCACACACACACACACACACACACACACACACACAUCUUCUUUUCUAUUUCCCCGGCCGUUUGAGAUGGCCUUUGAACGUGUGCGUAUGUGUUCGUUAUCAAUACUUACUACCACCCAUCUGUAUUUUCUCCUUUUCUCUCUCUCUCUUUCUUGUGUUGUGUAUAUGUCACACGUUGUAGCUAGUAUAGUUGUGCCCCACCGAUCAGUACAUCAGUACAUAGCAUUCAGACCAUUCUUCACCAUCAUUAUGGUUCGUGUGCAAGUGUCAUGAUGAUCUUUGAACUAUUUUGAAUUACUGCUAUCUUUCUACUGGA